UGUUCCUGUCCUGACGCCAGCUGAUCGACAUCAACAAGUAAGCGAGCACAAAAUUUUCAACGGCUGUGAUAGGUAUAAAGUUUUAUUUUUUAAUAUAAAGAAUUUCAAUGUCAGCAACGGUGCACUCACUUCCGAUUGAGAUCUUCGAAAAAGUGUUUUCAUAUCUGACAUUUAAGGAUUUACGAAAUGCUGCUUUGGUAUGCCAUAAUUGGAAUGAAGUGUUACUCGGCGCGAAGUUUCAACGAUGUUUACGGGUGGAGCUGCAGUCAGAUUUUUCUGAUCAGCUACCUAAAGAGCAUAAAAAACUUAUUGAAUGUUGCAGAAAUCUUUCAAUAGUACAAGAUUUCAGUCCUGCAAUUACAGCAGAUGACGACAUAAAUAAGCUAUCAGAACCGGAAGAAAACAUAGCUAGCAUAAUUUUUAGUACCAAAGAACUCAAUAGUUUGCAAGUGAUAAGCAGGUAUUCGAGCUUAAAGAAUAUUAUUCAUGACCGCCUCUCUGAACUUCCAUGGCUGAAAGAAUUAAGGAUAUCAUUUUGUCAUCACAAGACAGUCAAACGUGAUACAAUUUCUGGGGACGAUGUUUGGCGGCUGCAAAGUGAAAGUUUAGAAUGUUUUAAACUAGACCAGCGGGGUCCCAAUGAUCUUUUUCAAUUGAUGACGCCCAGUUUACGAGAACUGCAUCUAACAAUAGACUGCAAGGAAAUAUUUGAUAUAGUUGUUAUGUACUGUAAACAGCUUGAAGUUUUACGACUAAAACUGAUUGAUAUUGAAACACUAGAUAAGAUUAUGGAUCUCCCAUACCCGCUUUUGAGAAGUUUGGAAAUCGGAAUUUACGAUGAUAAAGAACUGCAGUUAAAUUAUUCUCGAACAGCUAAUCUCAAUGAAAAUGACCAACGUGCAAAGAAAUUCGUCCAAAGAAUACCUUCUUUAGCUGAGCUUUCCGUACGGAGUAAUGUAGUGUUCCAUAAAAUAUUUCCCACUCUGUGUUCUGUAAAGACGAAGUUACAAGACUUAUCGCUCCAUAAUAUAGAGUUGGACGCAAAUAUACUAUUAAAUGUGCUUUUGGUUCAACCAUUAUUGCGUCUCUCAAUACACCAUUGCGAAAUUACAAACGAUUUACCCGGCUUGCACAUUCGUGUUGCAGGGCUUAAACAUUUACGCUUGAUAAAUGUGGUGAACAAUAUACUUUUGGAGCAUAAUUUUUGUGGAUUAAAGUCUCUGGAACUGUUUCAUGGUUUUAAGUUCGGAAGUGAUUCAAUCCAAAAGGUGUUUAUAAAUUUUGGAUCAAUUGAGGAGCUACUAAUCCAUUACAGAAACUCGCUUGAUGAGGACGCAUUAACAAAACUGCAUCAAUUGUCGUACCUGAAAUCGUUAACAUUACGAUCUACUGAGGUGACCGCUCUUCAAUGCGAAUCUUGUAAGCCAAUGUUAUCUGUUGAGAAAUUAACUAUGUAUAGUUGUUUUAUGCUGCGAUAUUCAGCGUUUAUCGAAAUAAGGCGCGUAUUUCCUGCCUUGAAGCGCCUGCAUGUUGAUAGUUGUCAUAUUAUAGAUGACACAAGCGCUGCUGACGCUGCUGUUGACGGAACCUGCGAGUUGAAGCUAAGGCAGUUAUUUUCGCAAUGCAUAGUUUCAUGGCAUGAUUCUGUCCAGAUUACUCCCUUAACUUUGAAACAAUUGCUUUUGUGACAGUGCAUUUUUCUCGUGAUUGCAUUCGUUUGGUGUAAUGGUUACCAUAUGUAUUUGUCUAAUUCCGCCUCGUCGUGGAUUUCAUAUUGAUUUUAUGUCCAAUUAGGCACCCUAACUAUUUUCUAUAUAACAAUCAAGAACCAUUUUUAUGCUAGUUUUUAAAGCCAAGUUGGACAAUCUUUUUUGUGUUCCCAAAUGCAUGAUCUUCAACGAAAGAUAAAUAGCAAAAUAUAUGAACAUAAAAAAAAACAAAUAAAAUACGUAGCUACACUAUUGUUUAUAGCUAAUAUAUCUGAAAUUAUCCUUAACAUAUUUCGUGAAAUUUUAUGUUAAAAUUUUAAUAUUCUAAAUUUGGAUUCUAGGUGCAAACUUUUAUUCUAAAAUUUAAUUUCAAUUUCAAACUGCUAUGGUUUCAUUAACAUCGUAUUCGUAUUCGUUAUAAUACAAAUUUAUGCAUUCAUAAUUAUGGCACAGCCAUGAUGACGUAGAGUCUAUAUUAGAUACAUUUGCCUAACAAUAAUAUCUACAUUUUAGUACACGUUUCUAUAGAUUUCCAUUACUGGCAGGCUUCGACCGGCACACAUAUCGUAACGCGCUUCGAUAUGGCAAUCGUAGUACGAAACCCGACAGUUAGGAACGAAUGAUCGCAACCCUCGAGUGCAAUUCUCAUCGAUUUCGAAAACUUCCGAUGGUUGUCGAAGAUAGCUGUUGUCAAUAAAAAACUCACGAAGUUCUGGGAAGGUUUGUACAAUCUGCUGUGCACCGGUUCCAUCAAUCAUACAGCCAACCAGUCUCAGUUUCUGAAUUUUAAGAUCCCCACAUGAGACCCAGUCAUAGUCCUGCAGUGAUAAUCGACUGAAUUGGAUGUUAUUUAAAAGUUUGAGUUUAUUUAGGUAGGCUAUCGAUGUUCGCUGGUGGAACUAUAAAAAAAAUAACUAGAUAUUGAACUAUUUAUAAAAUGUGUACAACAUACCAUACUGAUUAUUCCUGGGUUACCACCAAAGUUAAGCCUUUUUAGCUUUGUGUACUGGUGACAAAUUAUACCGAGAACGUCGACUGCUGGUUGGCAACUGUACAAAAAUGUCAGGUCCUCAAGAUUCGGGAAAUUAGGCAGAACAAAAUUUUCGUU